UCCGCCUGCCGUCCAGCUCGCAUUUUCAAGAUGAACUUCACGAGAUGUCUUCACAACUUGCCCAAAAUAUCAAGCAAUGAUGUUCACCGCAUCGUGGAUGCCCACUCCCCCGCUCCCAAGAGUAAGCGGGAGAAAGGUUUUAAACUAUAUAUAUCAAGUUACUUGCACCAGUACGAGGGUAAGUACGUGCCGUUAGCUGCCUCGCUAAUGUUAGCGACCUGGUAGUUCUCCCACAUUGUGGUUGUUUUGCUCUUUACUGAUUCUAAACGUCAUUUUUUGUGCUGACUGCAUUUACCUAUGCCUCUUACAGUAUCAAACAAAGAUCAGGGCACGGGUGAAGUUGUUAUCAGAGCGUUUUGUUACCGUUCAAUGAAGAGAGCUGAGAAGCCACACAGUUUAAGUGUAUGGUAAAUGUCGAAUCGAUACAAGUUAAAAGCGGUUGCUUUUUACAACCCAGUGUUCCUGAUGUUCUUGGGGACCUGGCUAAGGUAAUGAAUUCUUACUGUAAACUCAAGUAAGUUUAUCUUGCUGGUCCCCACUGGGUUACUGCAUGCGUUCUUGUUUUAAUGUUGUUGUUACAACUACUUAUUUAUUAAUCCAUUGUUCCCAAUGUUCCUUGGGUCAUUCAGAUUUGUUCUUAAUAGAAUAAAAUAUCAGAAUCUACAAAAGCAGGUAAGUGUAUUUUAGCUAAUGUCGACUGGGUUAAUAUGUUGUGAUUCAUAUUUUGUUUACCAGUUAUUUUGACAUUGUGUGCUUUUCACUGUUGUUGUUAGCUAAGUUUUACUUAAACAUAGUCACUCCCUUAAGGUGCAAGCUGGUCUUGUAAGAAUAAGGCCAAAUCAGGACAAAGACAUUGAUGAGAACUUCAGAAGUAUAGAUCUAGUAGUGUUCGAACAUUAAAAAAAUGAAUCAACACUAACUGAUGUAGGAAUAUUGUCAAAAACCCAGCUUGCUCCCUAAAUGAAUGACCAACAAUGAACAAGCCAUGGUCAACAAGUAUUAACUACAAAAUUUACUUUUGCAGGUGGUAUUGAAAGAUUCCAGUCCUGUAGAGCUGAUGCAUCACAGCUGCACAUGUGUGGCUGGAGCAGCUAUGUGUAACCACUGUGUGGCCCUGCUGUUCCAGUCAGCACAUUAUUCCCAGCUGCAGGCGCCAGUGGUUCCCCCUGUGCUCAGCUGUACCGAGGGAGAACAGCAAUGGCACAAGCCGAGAACUUUGGGUGUAAAGCCAGGCCCUGUGGACAAGAUGCAUGUGCUGUCAGCUAAGCCAAAGUCUGGAACAACAACAGAGGGUGUAAGGAGCACAUUCUACAAAGGCCUGAGUGGGGAUUUACCAGAUCUCUCUGUCCUUCAGCUGACAGAGGUCUAUAAGGAGUUCUCUGCCGAUGAAGUGCCAAUGAUCUGCAGCAUGGGCAUCAGCUGUGAAAUUCCUCUGGCUGAAUCUUCCCUUGGCCUGGUUCAAGCAGGAAGUGCUUUGUCAUAUCAGCAUCCAGCAACUGCAAAGAGAGACCUACACUUCCAUACUGCCCCCCCACCUCCGUCUUUACCUCUCCACAGUUACCGCCUUCAGCCAUCCAGCUGCAUGUUUGUUUGUAGUGAACAACAACAGCUACACCUGAAAAGUCUUGAGGUAACUUGGGACAUGGCACACAAAUAUGAGUGUGCUACCAGAACACAAAGUUCAUGUGCUGAAUGGUAUCAGUUAAGGAGGCCGAGACUUACUGCAUCAAGGUUUAGGGAGAUCUGUCAGGUCAGAGAGAAUGCUGAAGACAGUCUGGCUGAUCGGAUGCUGCAGGGGACCCGCCAGACUGCAGCUAUGAAGAGGGGGCUUGAGAUGGAGGCAGAUGCCAUCUGGGAGUAUUGUCAGUUGAAGAGGGUCAAUCAUUAUACCUGUGGAUUUGUAAUCCACCCUGACGCCUCUUGGUUGGGGGCAUCCCCAGAUGGGUUAAUUUUUGACCCUUCUGAGCAAUCUCAGUUCGGUUUGAUUGAAAUCAAGUGUCCAAAUGUCAAAAGCUAUGUUGACUGCCCAUAUCUCAAAAUGAACUCAGGCAAACUGGAGCUCAAACAAACACAUGCUUAUUACUCACAAGUACAAGGACAGAUGUUGAUAACAGGGAUGGACUGGUGUGACUUUGUUGUCUCAGCUGAGGAAGACAUCCUCAUUCAAAGAAUUUACAAGGACCGGGACAUGUGUGAAGUCAUCAAACAGAAAGUAGACAGGUUUUAUUUCCAUGUCUACAUGCAGAAAUGCAUGUAAUGUGUUUUUUGAACUUGAAAAUGUUUUCAAGUGAGAAUAUGUUAUGCUGGCUAAUGUGCAUAUGAAUCAGUUUGUUCAAAUUUAGAUGUGUAUACAAUAUAUAACAUCACAUCUGCUGUAUUAAAACGUGGUAGGGCUAAAGAAAAUCAACUCUCUUGUGCAACACAUGUAAAGUUAAUAUAGAUGAAUAACUUCAGAUUAGAAUUUUUUUUUCUCUACAGAGCAAUGCCCCAUCAUUUCAAAUGAUAUCCGAGUUUGCGUUUUACAUUUGAGGUGCUCCCAAGACAAAUGUAAUGUUGUGGAAAAGUCAAGUUUCAAUGAAUUUAAUUGUAAU